AUUCAAUUCCACCUCUUCCAACAUCACAGCCACAGUCGCUCCGCAUCCUGUAACCAUGAAGCGAGUAAAAUGCUGUACCGCUUGUCGCCGACGACACAGAAAGUGCGUCACUCAGCCUGGGGCAUCUCAAUGCGGUACUUGUCUUGAGUCAGGGCAGGAAUGCCGGUUUGAGAAUGACAUUCGGUUCAAGCACACUCAUUCAGAGGUUCAGAAGGAAUCUGGACGGAAGUGGGCCAAGGUCCCUCGGAAGAUUUCUUUCACGACACCUCGUGGAAUUGAUGGCAAAGUGUCUGAGGAAUCGGAUACGAGGCUGGAGGCGAGUGAGUCGGCGACGCAGCCAAUAUCUGAAGGAAUGAUGGAGAUAUCGAUAGAUGAUCCUUUGCACUCCCAGCCUGAACCUGCGCCUUUGGACCAGUCACUCAAUUAUUGGGAAUCGCCGUCAAACUUCAUCACCGACGCUUCGGUUGAUCAAACCAUGAUCCCGCCAUAUCAACCGGACCACUCAGAGAGUUCAUCGCUACCCAGAGCAUCUAUCCCGUACAUUCUCGGUUCCGACACGUCUUCUCACCAUAUACCCGCCCAAGAUUUAAUAGUUCAAGGUCAUAGUCAAGAUCCCUUCGAGUUGACGGAACGAGAAGCCUUUCUUUUCAUGACCUACAUCCACAGACUCGCACCUCUUUCUGAUGCUUGUGAUGAUGCCCGCCAUUUCGCCCUCGAAGUCCCCCGUCUGGCACUCCAUCAGCCCAUGAUAAUGAACGGUCUCCUCGCGCUCGCAAGCCGCUACGACUCUCGCUGCACUAAUAGUUCCGACGACAUGGAAAGCACAUUUUACCAUAACAAGUGCAUAAAGCUCCUUAUCAAAGCUUUCGCUCAACCGCCCGAGACCUGGGACUCAACGCUCCUCACAGCCGUUGUUAUUGCGCGGUUGUACGAGGAGAACGACAAUGAGACGGAUUCCUACUAUCACCAUCUUAGUGGAACGCAGAACCUAUUGAAUCACGAAGUGAUUGCUAGGUUUGUCAUGCAAGGUGGGUUGGCUGAAGCGGCGAGCUGGGUUCACCUUCGGCAAGCUAUCUAUGUCUACGUUGUUCGAAGGGAACCUCUUGAGAUUUGUCUCGAGAACUUUGAGAGGUCGACCGUCUUUAGAAGAUGUGAUGACUCAGCGUAUGCGAACAGGGCAGUGUAUAACUUCGCCAAGCUCAUGAGGCUAUUUCUGCCAAUCGAUAGCCCCGAUGGCAAUCUUGAUAAGUGGGAAGUAGUCGAGAGGGAGAUCGAGGAAUGGUAUGAGGCCAGACCGGUUUCAUUCAAGCCCAUAUUUCACAAAGCGGCGGAUGUCUCGAGUGAUACUCCAUUUCCAGUCAUUUGCUUCGCUGCGUCAGUGCCUGUUGUGGCGAUGCAGCAUUACUACGCAGCCAAGGCUGUUUUGUGUUUGCGAGACAGCAGAGAGAAAACAGACAACCAUAGCAGACAAGAGUUUGAGACCAAGAUAUCCUCCUAUCUCUGCAUGCUGAUGGGUCUUGCUUUGUCAAAUUCUCAUGUGGCAAACGCAUUCUAUCUGCCUGCACAUAUGCUUUCACUUUGUGGAUACUGUAUAAAAAAUCCCUGUGUGCGGGCUCAUACCAUACGGUAUCUCGAGAAGGUUGAUGACAUGAUCAAAUGGAAGACAAAGGCACUGAUUGGGACGUUGAAGAAGGAGUGGGAUGAUCGGGACUAUUGAGGCUUUAGUCUGUUAAUUAGAUGUACAUUAUCUCACUAUAAUGACACAAGACCAGGCCAAGUUACAC